AUGAGCGGAGGAAAUCAGGUAGAAGCGCCCUACGGCACCUGGAAGAGCCCUAUUAACCCCGAUGACUUUGCAGCCACAGGCUCGGUGGUAUUGGACCAACCGUGUGUUAACCGUACCAAUGGCAAAAUCUAUCUUCUCGAAAGCCGCCCUGAUGAGGCGGGCAGGGGUGUCAUAGUCGAGUAUUACAACGGCCGGGGUAAAGAUGUACUUCCAAAGCAGUACAAUGCCUUAUCUCAAGUCCAUGAAUAUGGUGGCGCCUCAUACAUCGUCAACGAACUAACAGGCCACAUCAUCUUCACCGAUUGGGACACCAAAGGUGUAUUCGACCUUGAUCCAGAGACCGGUGAUACAAAGCCCAUCGUCGAUGCGGAUAAGAAGGUUUACUAUGCGGACUUCAACUCUCAUCCCAACGACUCCAAAUGGUUUGUCUCGAUCAAGGAAGACCAUCAUGGAUCAAACAUAACCGACAUCCAGAAUACACUUGUCGCUAUCGAUGCAUCUACCAAGCAGGUCCAUACUCUGGCCCAAGGGGCUGAUUUCUACACGUACCCCAGAUUCAGUCCCGAUGGCAAAAGUCUCUGCUGGAUUCAGUGGAAUUUUCCUAACAUGCCUUGGGAUAAUACAGAGCUCUAUAUCGCCGACUGGGAGGACGGUGUUCUCCGGAACCAACGUUGUGUUGCAGGCCAACAACGAAAGGCAGCAAUUACUCAACCUACCUGGAGCCCUGACAAUGUGCUGUUCUAUAGCUCAGAUGAGACCGAUUACUGGCAAUUGUACUCGCAUGACGGCAGCAACACCCGCCACAUCAACCUUUCAGACCUGGAAACUGCUGAAUUUGGAAUGCCAGACUGGUUUCUAGGAGGCUCCAUGUAUGGUUUCGUCACACCGUCGACCAUAGUGGCUUGCUACAACAAGGAGAAUCGUUGGCACAUUAUUUCAAUCGAUGUCGAAUCUCUACAGUGGCAUGAACUUAGGUGCCCGUUCGUGGACAUUUCCCGUAUCAAUGCCCUGAAACCAGUUUCUCCUACCUCGUUUGUCGUUGUGGGCGCCACCAUUUCCCUCCCUGUGAUGGCUUCCGCUGUCGACAUCGACAAAGGCGGUAUAGGGUCUGUCCUCAAGAAGUCAACCGUGAUCACGAUACCUGAAGGAUACGUAUCGGAAGCUCAGGCUAUUACAUUCCCUCGCAUCCAUGGUCCCGGAGGGGGAGAAGCUCACGGUCUCUUUUUUCCUCCACGGAAUCCGAAUUUCAGAGGACCAUCAGGUUCUCUUCCACCGUUGAUCGUUGCAACUCACGGCGGCCCUACAUUGCAACAAGGUUCGGGAUUUGACCUCCGCGACCACGGCCUCAUCACUCGAGGUUACGCCAUUCUGCAGGUCAACUACGUAGGCAGCAGCGGCUACGGUCGGCCAUACCGAAACCUCUUGGCGGGUCAGUGGGGUGUGAGUGACAUUGCCGACGCCGUCUCCGGGGUCGAGUAUCUCGCCAAACAGGGCUUGAUCGACAGGAGCCGCGUCGGGAUCACAGGGCACUCGGCCGGCGGAUACAACACGAUGUGCGGCAUCACCAUGUACCCGGACAUCUGGGCGUGUGCGGUUGCCGAGAGCGGAAUCUCAGACAUGGCAUUAUUAGUUGCGGAAACUCACAAGUUCGAGUCACAAUACCUCGAACCCCUGUGUUUCCCACCCGGCACUUCCAAAGAUGAUCGAGAGCGUAUACUGAAAGAGAGAAGCCCCAUCAAUCACGCUUCACAAGUCAAGGCACCGACGCUCAUCAUCAACGGGUCUGACGACGCGAUAGUGCCGCCGAAUCAGGCGUACAACCUCGCCGAGAUGAUCAAGGCCGCCGGAACUGAAGUCGAGGUGAAGGUGUACGAUGGUGAGGGGCACAUUUUCAGUAAAGGGGACACUUUGAGUGAUAUCGAAACAAGGCGGUUUCAGUGGUUUGAAAGGUUCUUGUCUUGCAAAGAUUGA